CUAGGCAAGUGCUCUACCACUGAGCUACAACCCCAGCCCCACCUUUGUGGAAUUCUUGUUAAUCAGAUAAUAACCUUAGGUUGGUUUUCUGUGUCUCUACAUUUUUCUCAUUUUUCCUAUUUUUGCUUAUUUCCCUUUCUCCAGCACUCUCUCCUAAAUUGUUUUUAUUUUGCUAAUCAUAAUUUUAAUUUCCAAUGAUCACUUCAUAAAUCUCUGAUUGCUUUCUUCCCACAGCAGUCUCUUGAUAUUUUACAAAUGCAGUUAUCUUUUUUAGUUUGAGAAAACUAAGUAGAGUUAAAAAGAACAACAACAACCACAACUCUGUUCUUUAACUUAUCUCAGUUUUCCAUUGGGCUAUCCCCACUCACUCCCUUUUUAUUCUUCUACUUUGUAUUUUGGCUUCCAAAAGAUUUGUUGAUCCUUUGUAGUGUGUACUUAUUUAUGGAUGAAAUUGUAUUAGCUUAUGGGAUGUCCUCUGUCUUUAGUAGUCACUUUGGUGGAGAGCUUAAGGGAGGAAUAUGUUCUAUCUCACCUGUAUCCGUGUUUUCAGAGUGUUGUGAUCUGCUGUUUUGUUUGUAAAUACUGUCCCAUCCACUUUCUGUUUUACAGGAAUUAUUCAAUCCUCUAUUCCCUUAUUCUCAGUUCUAUAAUGGAUUGUUUUCAUGCUUCUUUGCAAGUGUCCUGUAAAGGGAUUUGAGGAAGAAGAUUAUAUGCAAAGUCUCACACUGCAUUUUUUUUUUCACACUGCAUUUUAACUGAUCUUUCUUACUGCUUAUUCAGCUCUUGCUUUUCUAUAUUCUGCAUUUUAGAGAACAAGAAAGAUAAAUUCUGUUCAUUCAUUCAUUUUUUUUUUUUGGUGAUAUUUGGGACUUUAUGCAUGCUAGGCAAGUGGUCUACCAGUUUUUUUUUCUUCUUCUAAUUUUGAGACAGAGUCUUGCAAAAUUGCCCAGGCUAUUAUUUUUAAUGAGUUCUCAUUCUUACAAGAGUGGUGUGCCAGAAAGGGUAAAAGAAUCAGUGAUCCUUCUGCCUCAGCCACCUGGCAGCCAAGACACACAACUUUCUCUUAUAGCACCUGAAUGCUAAAAGCCUCAGGCUUGCCUAAAGUCUGAGUUUCACAUUUCCAUUUUUCUUUGCCUGUGUCAGGUCUCAGCAACUGUGCAACUUUUCAGAAACCAGGAGUUAACUUACUUCCUCAGCAGUAGUUGGUGUUUUGUAUCUGCUUAAUUUUCCUUUUCCUCUUUUUAAAAGCAAUAACUUGACUUUUUAUGCCUGUGUAUUUUUGCUAGUCAUAUUUAUAAGAGGCUUUUGCAAUGUUUUUCUUGGCUUGGAGGACAGGGGAAAGUAGAAAAAGAAAGGAGAAAAAAAAGAGAGCUAAGGGCCAACAUCUGAGUCCAAGUUCCUUAGAUUGUUGACUUUUUUAUGAUUAACAAAGCUCAGCCCCCUUCUCCUGCUUGAUGAAUGAUCCAGCUGAAUAUGGAUUCUUUUACAAUGGCCCCCACUCCCAUCUUAAUUGACAGUUUAACAUUCCGUAAAAUGGAAUGUUGUGGGGGUAGUAAAAUGGAAUGUUGUGGGGGUAGAGGGGGCUGAGAGAGAAUUAUAAGGCAUGACCUUGGGGAGCUUAUGAACUGGUUCAGAAUACUACAUUUGGAACUAAUAGAUAAUUAGUGAUCAAGUCAUGACAAUACAGAAUUAAGUGUUAAGUUACCUAUCAACAGUAGAUGCAGUGAGGCUCUGCAGAAGUUAGGAAAAGUCAGGGUUUGAUCUGUGCUUUAGUUGGGUAGAAUUUAGAAGAAGAGAAAUUGACAAUAUAGGGAGUGAAGUUUUGGGGAGCCAAGGCUCAGAAAUAGGAUAAAACAAAGACUUUAGUGGAAGCAUGUGAUAUGACUGGAGAUCACUAAAAUGGGUGAUGGCCCACAGUCAGUAUCAGAAUUCGAAAAGAAUUUCCAUCUUUCUAAGCAUGCAAGAUGAAAUUGAGACAGAAGAGAUCAUCAAGGACAUUUUCCAACAAGGCAAAAUCUGUUUUAUACCUCGAUACCAGUUCCAGAGCAACCACAUGGAUAUGGUAAAAUUAGAAUCACCUGAGGAAAUUUUUUUACUUCCCAAAACAUCCUGGAAUAUUCAUCAACCUGGUGAGGAUGAUGUUCGUGAGGAGGCUUUGUCGACAGGGGGACUUGAUCUCAUCUUCAUGCCAGGUCUUGGGUUUGACAAACAUGGCAACCGGCUGGGGAGGGGCAAAGGCUAUUAUGACACCUACCUGAAGCGCUGUCUGCAGUGUCAGGAAGUGAAACCCUACACCUUGGCCUUGGCUUUCAAAGAGCAGAUUUGCCUGCAGGUCCCAGUGGAUGAACAUGACAUGAAGGUAGAUGAAGUUCUUUACGAAGACUCUUCACCAUCUUAAGACCAGAUGACUACAGCCAAAUCGUCAGUGUUUUGUAUCAGAGUUAGGAAUAUAUGUAUAUUUUUUCCUGUGUCAAAAAUUAAUUGAAAUUUCACAUUAAAUUGAAUAUGGACUUGGAUAAUUUUUAGUGUACAUAUGAAAUACCUAAUAUUAAAUUGUCUUUUGAAAUCAAUAUAAAUGUGAAUACUAGAAUAUUGAUUAAAAUGGAGGCUAUCACCAUAUGAUUUUCAACAUAA